AUGGAGGCCGGGCUGUGGGCACUCCGGCGCGGCAUGAUGCGCGGAGGCCGAGGCACAGCUGCUAGGCACAAUGCGGAGCUCGGGGCUUUAGUGGAGAAGGCCGGCGCGGAGCUCGAAGCCCAAGUGGAGAAUUCCGACGCAGAGCUCGGGGCCCAGGCGACGAAGGCUGGCGACCUCUUCCUCGAUCGGCUGGCGAGCGACGCGGCCGUAGCUCGGGGCCCCGGCGGAGAAGGCCGGUGCAGAGCUCAGGGCUCCGGCGGGAGAGGCAGCGGAGGGCAUGGGGGAGGUGGUGGCAGGUGCGAGAAAGAGGCGGCGGGGGAGGCCAUGGAGGGCGCGGGGGAGGCGGCAGCAGGCGCGAGGAAGAGGCGGCGGGAGAAGCCGUGGAGGGCGCAGGGGAGGCGGCGGUAG